CCCGCGAUGAGCUCUGCACUUUCGACACAAUCUUCCAUUGUUAGGGCAGACGCCUCAACCAUUCAUAACAAGUUUUUGGUAGGUUAUCAGGGAUGGUUUACAUGUCACGGCGAUGGCGAACCAAUUGGUCCAGGUCAUCAUGGCUGGCUGCACUGGUUCGACUAUCCCGUACCAGACGGUGGACGCAUCAAUGUUGAUGUGUGGCCGGAUACAUCAGAGUACUCGCCCUCCGAACUGUACCCUGCUCCCGGAUUCAAACACGAGAACGGAGAACAAGCCUUCUUGUUCUCUUCGCGGCAUCCCAAGACCGUGCAACGGCAUUUUCAUUGGAUGGCCGAGAACGGUGUGGACGGCGCUUUCCUUCAACGAUUCUUAGGUGCCACAGACGUUGAAGGCGGGGACGAACGCUCAAGAAACUUGCGGGACGAGAUCGGUGAUCGCGUCCAGGAAGCUGCAGAAAAGGAAGGUAGAGUGUUUGCAAUCAUGUAUGACCUUGCCGGAGUGGCUGGUGACAGAACCAUGCGAAUGAUCCAAGAAGACUGGUCGCACCUCCUGCACAAGAAGAAAGUCCUGGACAGUCCUAAUUACCUUCAUCACAACGGCAAACCCGUUAUUGCAAUCUGGGGCUUCGGUUUCGACCACACAAAGCACACACCAGAGCAACUCCGUUCUGUAAUUAAUUUCAUCCGCUCCAAUACGCCAGGCGGUGCCUAUAUUAUGGGUGGCUCGCCCGCGGGGUGGCGUUCCGCACAUGGAGACGCCGACCGAAACCCAGAAUUUGUUGCAGCCUGGAUGGAAUGCUUUGAUGCCGUCUCGCCUUGGACAGUGGGGAGGUAUAAUGAUGAGAAGAGUGCGGAUUCGUUUGCGGAGGAUCGUAUCAAGGGAGAUGUUGAGUUCAUUGAGAAGUGGAAGAGGGAGAAGGGGAGGCAUGUGGAUUAUAUUCCGGUCGUUCAUCCUGGCGGUUCUGCACUGAACAUGUCUCAAGGCAAAUGGGACUUCAACGGCGCUCCCCGCAUGGGGGGCCGCUUCCUGUGGCGUCAACUCUACAACAUACAUCGCUUCGGCGCAGCGCGCAUCAUCUACGCUGCAAUGUGGGACGAAUACGACGAAGGCACGAACUUCGUCCCGGUUGUCUCUCAUCGGAACCAACUCCCACACGAUGAACAGCGCCGAUUCAAGCUCAUGGCGCUAGACGAGGACGGUUAUGACCUGCCCAGUGAUUGGUACAUGCGUAUCGCAGGGUAUGCUUCUGAGUCUCUGAAGGGACUGAAGGAGAUCAGUGAACAUUUCCCGGAGAAGGAGCUGAAAGACUGGUGGAGUUCACAUCCGAGAUACGAGCAACAAGCUUCAGGAUCUAGCUCAGAACCCGGCACCUCCACCGAUAUAGCCACAAAGGGACAAACCUACGCACAGUGGCUGGCCUCAGUCGAACAGACCAAAGAAAGCGACGAACUUCCUCCACCUCCAUACAGCCUCGUGGCCGAUACGUCUGGUGCUGCCCAAACCGUUAUCACACCCCGUCCUGAACCUCCCCUCGCCACACGCCCGAAUCCACCACCACAACCGCAACGUCCUGUCAGUGCUGGUGCCAGUGGUCCGCCACCAGUGCACCACAACUCCCGUCCAAAGCCACCUCCGACGCCACCUCGUCCUUCCACCCGUCCAGAUGCUGGAACUCGUCCACCUCCAAUCCAUCAUCAAAGCCGUCCUUCUUCAUCGACAUCUGAUUUUCUUCUCGAAUCUCCGUGGGACCAGCAAUCAUGGCCACAACGAGGGUGGGCCAUGCCCCAGCCUCACUCUCCAUCUCAACCCGAGCAACUCCGACUCCAACAACAACAACAACAGCCGUACUCCCAACAUAGCCACUAUGGUAACCCAUACAACUCGGAUGGAAUUUGUCCUAUCAACAGGUACAACUACGACACGGAAGAGUACGGAAGAAGCAACCCAUCCACACCUCAGGGUUUUAACUUUCCUCGGCCUGAGCUGUCCGAACCCUAUCCCCCACACCAUGAGCACGAGCAAUCAAAGUAUCAGCCCGCGUAUAUGCCUGUGCCGUCUCCGACUUCAUCUCUCAUGCCUCGUCCACAACCUCCCCCCCGGCCACGUUCUGCUCCUAAUGUGCCACAGCCUCAACCGACCAGUAGUAACCCCGCGCUGAAUUUCGUACGGACGCAAGUUAUAGACAGAGUGGCUGGAGAGGAAAGGAGAAGACAAUUUGAGAGUCGGGUGGAAGGGCUUGCUCAGAAAGGGAACUCGUUGCUCAACAAGUAUAAGAAGUGAUAGAGUCACAAGUAUUCGCUUCACCCGUCUGCUUGGUUUUUUUACUGUCUGGCCGCAGUGUUCGUUCUAGGUUAUGUCGUCCACAUUUAAAUCCAUCGUAUCUCUGCAUAACGGGACUCAAC